AUGCCGAGAACAAAGAAACCAGUUAAGAAACAAGAAAAAGUUCUCGAUGUCGAUGAUACUUUAAAAAAACUGAAAAAACUAUCCAAUGAUUUAAAACUGAAAGUUGAUUCACAAGCCCGAAUGCAAAUUGGGAACGUGGAGGUUGCGUUUAAGAUUAUCUUGAGCUCCAUUAGUGCAAGCCAUUUAAAGAAAACUGUAGGUGAACUAAAAUUAGAGCUUAAUCUCAAGGAGCCAGUAAACACCAGGAGCUCAAGGAUUACAAAUAAUAGUCGAUCUGCAUCUAAUGAUGACGGCUACCUCACGGAGAACUCAUCUCAAGGCUCUGGAGGACGUGGCACCAAGAAAACCUUCGUGGUACCAUCCGCAUCACGCUCGACUACACGCCGUUCCCGCUCCGCCGACGCGUCCGCUCGCUCCGCCGUCAAGACGGUAGCACGUCCCACAACACAACGGCGACGCUCCAAGAGUGUCUAUCGGACGCCGGCCUAUAGCAAGAACGCCGCUGUCAACUACCCGGCCAUCACACCGAAGGUAGCUCCACACACACCACUUACGGUGCUGCGGCAGCCUCGCCAAGGGGAGAUGGUAGUCUCCAUGUCCGGCUCACCGGUCAUGGUACCGACCUGCGCAUACGCUAUGCAGCCAGACGAAAAAGCAAACUGCAACAUCCUUCUGCAAGACGGUACGAUGCUCUCCCUGCAGCCGAAGCAGCUGAGACAAUCACAAGCCUACAUCCCCUUCUCUCUCAUGGGCAACAACGUGCUUAGUCAACUCAAGACCCUUAAGGACAACCUGGAUAAGGUGGUCAAGCUCGGGGAGAAGGCAUUGAAGGAAUAG